AUGAACACAAAGUCCAGGAGUCUCAAGUUAAAAAGAGCUCUUACUUAUGACGAUAGAUGAUAUGUCAAGCAAGGAAGUGUGGUAGAGAAGCUAUCCAAGUACAGAAGAGGUCUAGCCUUUGAUAGGAUGAACUACAAGCAGGCAAGAGGAUGAAUGAAUAAGAGAGAACUGAAAUAUGUAAGUAAAAAUGAGAACGAGCCGUACAAUCCAUGCCCAAGACAAGGUUUGAUCCUUGAAAGUAGGCCAGUCAUGGGCCACUCCAAAGAGGAAUCUAACAUACAGAAUCUAUACCUGAAGAUAUCAAGAAUCAGUAUUGAUAGCAAAGCAAGUCUCUCUAAAAGAGACAGGAGGUCACUAAUUUCUAAGAAUAAUUCCAUUUCUUCUCGAGACUUAAAAAGGAUGAAGGCCCGUUCAACUGAAAAUGUUGUUAUUUUUCCAAAAAGAUUUGGAGUCUGAGAAACAUCCGUUCCAGAAAUUGAAGAAGAAGCAGAGGUUAAUAGUGAUACCCUUAGCUCUAUGGAGUAUCCAAAGGAGCUAGAUGAGCAGAUUCUGUCACAAAAUGGAAAACUCUGACAAGAAUAUGGCAGAAGUAUUGUGACAAAUCUUGAUAAAGAAGACCAAGAAAAACAAAUAGGAAAGUUCUUAUCUAAGCAUAAAGAAUUUUCUCCAAAAAUUAGAGCAAGAAUGAUAGACUGGUUCAUUGAAAUAGUUUGCAACUUUGGAUGAAACAUUAACACUUUUUAUCUAGCAGUAAGAAUCAUGGAUCAGUACUUCAAUGCUAAUAAAAAGCAGCUUCCUUUAAAAAGCUUGCACUUGAUAGGAGUUACUUCGAUAUUCAUUGCCUCAAAGAUGGAAGAUUUCGUACCAUUCAGCUUAAUGACCAUCUAUGAUAGGAUUGCUCAUCAGAAUUUAUCAAGAAGUUCAAUCCUGGCUAAGGAGAAAGAAAUCUUUGACACGCUCUCUUUUAAUGUAAACUUUCCCACUGUGAACAAUUUUACUAAUAUUUUCCUGGUUCAUAUCUUCAAAGGAGAGAACCAUGCUAACUAUAAAGCAGCACAUCAGUUAGUUGAUUAUGUAUCCAAGAUCACUCAGCAUGAGUACUCUGUAGUAACAGGAAGACAGAAGGUUCUCUCAGGUGCAAUCCUAUACCUCUCUUUCACGAUUCUUGAAAGAAUGAUCUACAAAAAGUGAGUAAACAAGAUUUUUAUGAAAGAACUUGUAAACUUCUUCAAUCUAAAGGAGACUGCAAUCCUUAGCAUCGCGAAGGACCUACUAUGUUUGAUGCAGAACUUCGAGUCAAGGUACCAAGGGCUUAACAAUAUGAAAUGUGUGCAGUUUAAAUUUCUUAGUAAAUUUAUUAGAUAA